GCCGCCGCAGCCGCCGAGCUCCUGGGUCUCUCUCUUGGGCUUGGCCGCCCAGACUCGCCCCAGGGCCUGGGCUGGGUGAGAAGGUGCCUGGGAGCAUCCGCCCCGACAGUCUCCUCGAUUCGCCGGCCUCAGACUCGGCUGGGCUCCGCUCCUCCCGCGCGCAAGAGGCCGCGGCGGUUGUGACGGCGGCGCCCGGCAUGUAUCAGAGCCCGCGGCGGCUCUGCUCCGCCCUGCUGCAGAGGGACGCGCCCGGCCUGCGCCUCCUGCCCGCCCCCGGCCUGCGCCGCCAGUGGUCCCCGCCCGCGGCUGCCCCCCGGCCAGCGUCCUCCCGGCUCCUGACGGCGGCCUCGGCGGUCUCGGGCGCCGCGAGGUCGUGCUCCAGAACAGUGUGUUCCAUGGGAAACGGUACGAGCAGACUCUAUAGUGCUCUCGCCAAGACACUGAACAGCAGCACAGCCUCCCAGCACCCAGAGUAUUUGGUGUCACCUGACCCAGAACAUCUGGAGCCCAUUGAUCCUAAAGAGCUUCUUGAGGAAUGCAGGGCUGUUCUGCAUACUCGACCUCCCCGGUUCCAGAGGGAUUUUGUGGACCUGAGGACAGAUUGCCUCAGUAGCCACCCACCUAUUAGGGUCAUGCAGUGGAACAUCCUCGCCCAAGCUCUUGGAGAAGGCAAAGACAACUUUGUACAAUGCCCCAUUGAAGCACUCAAGUGGGAAGAAAGGAAAUGUCUCAUCCUAGAAGAAAUCUUAGCCUACCAGCCUGAUAUAUUGUGCCUCCAAGAGGUGGACCACUAUUUUGACACCUUCCAACCACUCCUCAGUAGACUGGGCUAUCAAGGCACAUUUUUCCCCAAGCCCUGGUCACCUUGUCUAGAUGUAGAACACAAUAAUGGACCAGAUGGCUGUGCCUUAUUUUUUCUUCAAACCCGAUUCAAGCUAGUCAACAGUGCCAAUAUUAGGCUGACAGCUAUGACAUUAAAAACCAAUCAGGUGGCCAUUGCACAGACCCUAGAGUGCAAGGAGUCAGGCCGACAGUUCUGCAUUGCUGUCACCCACUUAAAAGCACGCACUGGCUGGGAGCGGUUUCGAUCAGCUCAAGGCUGUGACCUUCUCCAGAACCUGCAGAACAUCACCCAAGGAGCCAAGAUUCCCCUUAUUGUUUGUGGGGACUUCAAUGCAGAGCCAACAGAAGAGGUCUACAAACAUUUUGCUUCUUCCAGUCUCAACCUGAACAGUGCCUACAAGCUGCUGAGUGCUGAUGGGCAGUCAGAACCUCCAUAUACUACCUGGAAGAUCCGGACCUCAGGGGAGUGCCGGCACACCCUGGAUUAUAUCUGGUAUUCUAAACAUGCCCUGAGUGUAAGGUCAGCCCUUGAUUUGCUCACCGAAGAACAGAUUGGACCCAACCGGCUACCAUCCUUCAAUUAUCCUUCAGACCACCUGUCUCUAGUGUGUGACUUCAGCUUCAAUGAGGAACCUGAUGAACUUUUAUAAACACUUGUCUGGGUCUUUUUAAUCACAAUAGUCUUAACCAGGGAUGUUUCAGGAAACAAAUACAGAAUAAGAAAUUGCCUGAGAAAGGAUUCCAUUUCUGUCACUUCACUUUCCAUGUUUGCAACAUGCCCUUAGGAAAGAAUCUCAAACCUUUUCAAUUAAAACCUAUAGCAAAGGUGUUUGCACUCCAGUUUUGGCUUGUAUUGUUUCCUUUCCAGUAGCAUUACCUUUUGAUCAUUUAAGGGCAUUAAAUUAGGCUUGUUUUGAAUCUUUUUCAGUUUGAGGAUGCUAUAAAAACUCAGACUUAGUUGAGUCCUCCAUAAUUAACAAUAAGUAUGUAGGAGCAAUUUCUCUAGAUAGCAUUUCAUGUUAUUUAUUGGUGAGUUUUUUAAAUGUCAAUAAGAUAUGCAUGGCAAUAUUUAUUUUUAUAUCUUCAUGUAAAAUUAAGUAAAUGAAUUACAGUAUUAUGAGCAUUUUAGAACCAUGCAAAACUCAAGUUAUAGAAAAAGUAUUUUAUAGUAAUUUUCUUAAAGCUUUAAAAUGUUUUCACUUGGGGUCUAAACAAAAUGUGCACAAAAGAACUGUUUAGCCUGCAGGGGGUUUUGUUAUUUAAGUAUCAGGUCUCCUUGAUACAUUCUUCUUAAAUAAUCCUUGCUGUGCCUCCAUGUUCCCCAUUAGUGUGUAUCUUGAAGAGAUUCCAAUUAUUUAAUCAAUUAGUUUUCAUUAUUUAAUCACUAUUAUGCAUUUAUACUUUUCCAUUGGAAUAACGUUGGUAGACAUUUGAGGUCACUCAAUAUCAUUAUUUGUAUUGGAAUGUGCUUUUCACAAUAAGUUAUUUAGGAGUUGUUUUGUGGCAGUGACUAAGAAAAUCAGUUGGACUUUGUUUUCAGAGAUGUGAAACUUUCUAGAAAGCCUAUUAACGGCUGUCACUGAAAUUUCCUAUGACAGCCAGAGAUGACUGUGGUUCAUACAUCUAGAAAGAACAAUGUAAAAAGUUAGGUAACCUAGAACUUUCCAUCAGAAAUAAAAGUGGUAAAGAUAACAGGUGAAGCCUCUUCCAAACAAAAUAACCUAUUGAUAAUAAAUUGAUAAAUAUUUUAAUCCAUGAGUUGUAAAAACUUAAGAUUAAUAAAUGGUGUUUUAAAGCUAGUGCUUUUAUUACCUUGUCAUUUUAGUCCAAAAAGAAUCUGGGAGUAGAUUUGAUUUUUUCAUACUGUUAUGUGGUGACCCACACUAUCCAUUUACACAAAAAUUUUUAAAAUGGACAAAAGCAGAUCUGCAGUUGCAUGCUAAAAGCAUCUAUGCUAUGCUUAUGUGGUAUCUCGGCUCCAAGGGUGGAAUUUCCCAAAGUAGGCCACCCAAAUAUUCUGCGAUGGUAUCACUUUGGAAACAAAUGAUUUGUUUCCAGUAACACUGUAUAUACAAAAUCUUGGGGCUACCUAGAAGGAAUGGCAAGCAGGAAGAAUAUUUGUACCAAUUAUAUUGGUUCAAAUCUUAGCAUGACCAAUGGUAAUCUUACAUUGUUGAGAAACACACUGAUGAGAAUACUUGUUUGCCUACCCCAAAGUACACCAACCUGAAGAGAAAUUAUGAGAUGUGACUACAAAUUAAGGAGAUGGGGGCAAAUCCACAGUGAAACUCUCCAUAUGAGUUAUCCUUUGGAGUUAGUUAUGUAUGGCAGGAGACUGAACACUUAUUUCAAUGAUGUUUUUGUUUGAUGCUUUUGCAUUUGUCUUCAUUUAAAGUGUAAUUAUGUGAGCAUUCUAUAUAGGAAUUUUUUAGUAGUUAUGUAAAUCUUGUAGGGAUGCAUUUUGCAUUUUAACUUUAUCUUAAGUCUUUCUUUGUAGACAGCUUUGCCUUAUGGACUAUGAGAGUAACCUGAAGGUAAAAUGGUAAAUAACAAAUCUGUUCUACAGAACUAAAUAUAGAUACCAUGCAUAGAUUUCUUUUAUUCCAUCCCUGUGUACCUUUUGGUCUGCUUUUCCUUUUAUAUCCUAUAUAAUAUUUUGUCUGACAUUAAAAUAAGAGUAAAUUGUGCAGAUUAGAAGAAUGAGUGAGAGCAGCAUGGACUUUUGCAUCCUUCAUGCCACAUUUCCUUAAAUUCCAUUCUACAUGGUGGUAGUAAUGACUGCCUCAUUUAUUUAAAUAAAGCAUUAUGGUAUAUACGUAGGAAGAAAUUAACAUUUGAGUUCCUUAACUUUGGCUCUGAGAGCCUUACGUAUGAUCUUAAAACUACUCUUUAUAGACAGUGGCUCCAAAGGUCAAAAUUUAAGUAAAGUGACAAUAGUAGCUGAGCCAGGACACAAAUCCAGGUCUGUCUUGACUCCAAAGUACUUGCUUCUUCCCCACCACAAUGUUCCCUUGGCCUUGAGUGAGUAUAUAUGGGUAGAAAAGUGAUAUUGUGGGAGAGCAAGAGAUGUUUUUAAUGAAAAAUUGUUAAACACAUAAGUUAAAUACUUUUGUAGUACACAUACAAAAUAGAAGCAAGAUAUAGUGGAUUUCAGUUUCGAGGAUGAAGUCAAGUUUUGCAAAAAGUAGAAUAUAUGAUACCGUUUGCAUACUUUGAUGGUAGCUUUUUGUAAAGGAAACAAUAAGAUCACUCUACCAGUUUUAAAACUAAAGGAAGAAAUUGAUGCAAAUAUUCUGUAUUCAAACCAUUUUUAAAAACAUCCAAGAUUUGUAAGGAAAUGUUGCGUAUAACUAGGUAAAGCACCUGAGACUUGAGGAAAGUUCCAAGAUUUUCUAAAAAGAGAUGAAAUGAAAACAUGCUCGUAAUCACAAUUGAUUUCAAUUUUAGAAAAGGAAAGUCAUCCAAAAAAUGAACGUCCUUGCAUAAGAGCUCUGCUGAACUAUUUUUUUAAUGACAUGCACAAAAAUACGGCACAGGCAGGCUUUUUAUCUAGAGUGGAUAGAUAACAGCAGAUUUAUUAAAUGAAAAAUGGCAAAGGCCUGGGCUUGAGUUUAUAAAAUAAGGAAAGUGGGGAAAAAAGGCAACAUGUUGCAGGGCACAGGCUCUAAGUGGGAAAAAAAAAAAGAUUUAGCUGUAACCAGUGUGACCCUGAACAAGUCACUCCAUCUCUAGUGUCUCAGUUUUCUCAACCACAGAUCAUCAUCACACCUGCCCUCUCGACCUCAUAGAUUUGUGAGAUGUCUGUAAAAUAAUAUUGUAAAUUGUAAUAUAAAAUAUUUAUGUAGGUCACUGAAUAAUAAUGCUUAAGGUUCAGAACAAGAAGGAAAGGGCCCUGUACUUCAUGUCAUAACCCACUCCUAAUUGUUAGAGAAUAACCCUUCAAUUUGAAAGGGCAGAACCAAUAGUGUUAACAGAAAUUGAAGACCAAAAUAGGUGAGGGGCUGAUAGAAUGGCAAGAAAUUGGUUGGCUGCUUUUUCCCCGACUUGUUCCUCCUCUAGGCAGACAUAAGGUUGUGGGUUAAUGAGGCUAGUUUCUUUAAUUUCAUAGGAAGUUGUCAAUCCUACUUCGAUCUGUAAAGAAGAAAUAUCUGCCUUUGAAGGACAAAAAACAGAAUACCCACAACUCCAGGCCCUUGUUCUCCAGAUUUCUUUGGAAAACUCUCUUCCGAGAAAACAUUCAUAUAAGAUUAAACAUGUGGACAAAGCCAUUCCUCGACAGAAUGCUAGGAAAAGCUUUGCUGCUUCUAAUCAUCCGGUAACUUGGACUAUAUGAAUCUCGAUUGAUUUAUCUUUUUUGCUUUGGCUGCCGAGACGUUCAAAACCAAAGUUUAUAGCUGAAUUUUAAUUAUUGUGUAACAUUUUACAGCACGUAUUCUGCAUAUUUCUUUUGCCACCCUUUUUUCUUUGCCUAAUUUUCU